UGAAUUUGAGAGUAAACAAAAGUAAAGCAGACUCUAAAUCAGCAUCAGAAUUUGAAAGAUACAUUCGAGAAAUUGAAAGACCGGAAUAUGAUGAAAAAGCAAAAUAUAAAAUUUGUGAAAAGAUUCUAACUUAUCAGCAAGAUAAUAAUCUACCUAUUCAAGAAAUUGCUCGUCGCAUUCAUUUAACUACUGCAGAAACUAAAGACAUUCUCCAUUACCACCUUAGUGGUAGUCAUAAUCUAAAAGAAGAUUGUGAAACUCUAGCUCAAAAUCUUAAUAAAUUAGACAGUUUAAAAAAUGUUGAACAAGAACUAAGAAAAUGCACUAGCGAACAAGAAUUUAACUCAGUUAAAUCCAGAUCAAUUAGACAAGCCGAAGAAUUAGAAAGAGGUUUGCAAGAAAAACUUAAUAGUUCUGGUAAUGCCAAUUCUGUAUUUGAAGAUAUUAGCAAAGAAAGAUACAAAUAUUAUGAGGAAUUAAAGUCAUUGAGAUUAAAACAGAAACAAAUCGAAGGUAGAAUAAAAGAAAAUAAGGCAAAAUCAGAAAAAGAAACCGACCCAACUCAAAAAGCCCUUCUUUUGCAAAUGAUUGAAGAUGAUGGUAAGAAGUUAAAAGAAAUUUUGGAAAAACAGAAAAAAAUUCCUACUUCUAAUUUAAGAUUUGAUUCUGAUAGGUAUGUUUCUGAUUUUAUUAAAGGAUUGAACAAGAGAACAGUAAGAGGCGGAGAAAAUAAUUCCGGUUCUUCUGAUAGUGAAAGUGAUGAUAAUUCUAGUGAUGAAACUACUUCUAAUAAUGAUAACAACUCAAACUGA